AUGGCACACAUCGGCAACGUGAUAAGGCAAGGUGCUAGAUCAUCCAAAGCAGAGUCAUCAUGGAUGGCAGUAGCACAUCGAGCAAGUCAUGUUCAUAAACAUGAAUACGUUCCACUUUCUCGACCACAUAAGUUUGCCUUGACGUUAGGCUCUCUGUUUGCAUCGCUCAUUAACCCUGCAAGAGGUGACAUGAUCGCCCUACUGAGUGAAUUGAGCGGAGAACCACUUUUACCAAAAUUACGCGAGAUGAUGCUCAGUUCGCCAGAGGGAAGAUCGUUGAUGAUGCAAAGGCCAGCCAUAAAUACGCAAUCAGUCGAAAUGAAAUACCUGGAGCAACUGCCAGAGAACACAUUCGGAAAACAAUAUUGGAAUUGGCUUAAAUGGUGUAAUGUAGGACCGGAUACACGUGCAAAAGUACGAUUCAUUCAAGAUUCCGAAUUGGCAUACGUUAUGCAAAGAUAUCGUGAAUGUCACGAUUUUUAUCAUUUAAUGUGUUCAAUGCCGGUCAAUCACUUAGGUGAAACAGUUGUAAAGAUAUUUGAAGCUGCUCAUAUGGGAUUACCUGUUGCUUUCCUCUCCUCAAUCGCUGGACCAUUGAGAUUAUCAAACGAAGAAAGAUCCUCGUUGAUGGGAACCGAUGGUUUAGCGGCAUGGGCAUGGAAGAUGGGAAAAAAGAGUAAACCAUUGAUUGGAGUUCGAUGGGAAGAACAUUGGGAAACGGAUAUGGAUCAAUUACGGGCUUCUUUGGGAUUCGAUGAACCGCCUCCGAUCCAAAACCACACUUGUUUCCAUCACUAG